UAUUUCUUUGUUUCUACACAAAAAGUUCGUCGUCAUCUGAUAGGGCAUCAACCAUUGACGAAGACGUCAAUGGUCGUCGUCCCGUAACGCUAAAGAUAUCGAAGCCAAAUACCUAAUUCCUUCUCUUCGUCGAUUCACGCCUUUCAGGGAACACCUCGUCAUUUCUGGGCUCAAGUAUUUGACUCAGAUUUCUAGGGAUUGAAGUUUAGGUUGGUUUGAUAUAUAUUAAUUCUCACAUUGAAAUCAACCAACCUUCACUUUAAACAAGUUUGAUGACGAUCGGAAGCCUUCAACCUGCAAAGGAUAAGAAAUCACGUAAGAUCAAACAUCUUAAUGACGAGAAAGUCCCUUUGUUGCCCACGAGAAGGGAAGAAGAUAGAGGAUUUGACGAAUUCAAUGGCGCUUCGUUUUCUGGCGCGGUUUUUAAUCUCUCAACUACAAUUGUCGGAGCUGGAAUCAUGUCCUUACCCGCAACCAUGAAGGUUCUCGGUGUUGUUCUUGGUAUAGGAAUGGUCAUUUUUAUGGCAUUCCUCACAGAGGCUUCUAUAGAGCUAUUGCUUAGAUUCAGCAGAGCAAGGAAAAUAUCUUCAUAUGCUGGUGUUAUGGGUGAUUCUUUUGGAAAAUGGGGAAAGAUUAUGCUUCAAAUAUGUGUUUUAGUCAACAAUGUUGGUGUAUUAGUGGUUUAUAUGAUAAUAAUAGGUGAUGUUCUUUCGGGUACAAAUGCAAGUGGAGUUCAUCAUACUGGUUUGCUGGAAGGUUGGUUUGGAGUAAGAUGGUGGAACAGUCGUUCGAUAGUUCUUCUUGUGACUACUGUUGCGAUAUUUUCUCCAUUGGCAUGCUUAAAGCGUAUCGAUUCGCUGAGAUAUACAUCUGCUCUGUCAGUCGCAUUAGCAGUUGUGUUCAUAGUAAUCACAGUUGGAAUAACUGUCAUUAAGAUUAUGAGCGGGACUAUUUUAAUGCCUCAAUUGUUUCCCAAGGUUACAAACUUGACAUCAUUCUUCAAUCUCUUCACUGUCGUCCCUAUUUUUGUGACAGCAUACAUUUGUCACUACAAUGUUCACACGAUAGACAAUGAAAUUGAAGAUAAUACACGAAUAAGGGCGGUUGUGAAAACAUCCCUCGCCCUAUGUUCGUCUGUCUAUGUAAUGACGAGUCUAUUUGGAUUUCUCUUGUUUGGCGAUGCAACUCUUCAUGAUGUACUCGCAAACUUCGAUGCAGAGCUUGGGAUUCCUUAUGGAUCGCUGCUUUGCGAUGUUGUUCGUGUCAGUUACGCAGCUCACCUCAUGCUUGUGUUUCCUAUUGUGUUCUAUCCUCUCAGGUUGAACUUGGAUGGUUUGAUUUUCCCUUGUGCGAGACCAUUGGUUUCGGAUAAGAUGAGGUUUGGUUCCAUUAGUGUCGGUUUGCUUACUGUAAUAUUCUUGGGGGCUAACUUUAUUCCAAGCAUUUGGGCUGCUUUCCAGUUUACUGGUGCAACUGCUGCUGUUUGCAUUGGCUUCAUCUUUCCUGCUGCCAUCACUCUCAAAGACCGCCACGGCAUUGCCACAAAGAAAGACAAGAUACUAUGUGUGUUCAUGAUCGUUCUUGCUGUUUUCUCCAAUGCGAUAGCCAUCUACAGUGAUGCCUACGCAUUAUUGUUCAGAAAGGGGAAAGAUAAUAGCCAGCCAUCUACAAUGAUGCCUACAAGAUAAACCCUUCACUGCUCCCCCUUCUUUGCUUGUUUUGCUUGUAAAAGUUAUAUAUAUAAUUAUCUGUUGCCUUGUGCCCUACACCUGUAAUAUAAUGUAUAUACCAGUAGUGUUGAAAUGCAAAUUUGACCCAAUUCAGUUCCACUUUC